ACAAACCAUGCUUUAUCCUGCCAGUGUGUCCUGUGCAGAACAUAUUGAGUCACAGGAAACCCCAAAGCUCUCUGCCCGUACUCACUAACGUACGCUCUCUCACAGACGAGCACACUGCAGCAUGCUCACAAAAAGGAUGGCCAUGAGGAGAAUGAAUGAGAUGUGCAGAAGGAUGGCUUUAACUUUAGUCUUCUAUGUUCUGCUGUUCAACAUUUGCCAGGGGCAGAAUGACUAUUCAUCACCACAUCCAGAGAUAAUCAAUUCAAGCAUCUCGCUAAACAACACUCCAAUUCCCACUACGACCCUCCCAAACAUCUUAACUAGUAGUGGUAUUGUUGUGAAUUCCACAACAGAUCCUGGGCAGACUUCCUCUACAGACCUAAAUACAAGUUCAUCCAUGAUAACUCACACCACACAGACAAACAAAACACAGACAUGGAAUCAAACAACCCCAAAAGAUUUUCUGACAAACCACAAAAGCAAUGUCUUGGAAACAGAAGAUAACAAUAAUAAACAAAAGACUGCAGCUGAGAGUCCGACUCAGUCUGAUCGAAACUCUGUGUUUGUACCCCUACUGGUGUGCGGGUUAAUCUUAGCUGCUAUCCUGAUUGGACUAUAUUUACGGAAGUACCACUGUCACUCAAAGGCAAAAGGCAUGAAACUAGCAGAAGAGAGAUGCAUGGCUGAUGAGGAGAACCAGGGCAACACUCUGGUGUCUGUGGCUCCUCUGAACCCACCUGAGAGCCCUGAGAAGCCAAGCCAGAAUGGCGAGUCCCUAGAGGCUGCGAAGAACCAAAAUCCUCCUGGUGCCACUAAUGGUCACUCAACCACCAAAGCUGACACAGAGCUGUGAGAGGCCAUCUCAGCUACACAGGCUCUGAGUUCUCCAUCCCAGGCCUACAAACAUGAGGGAACUGACUAAACAAAUGCAUAGGCUCCCUUUUCCUCUGUCUGUUUUAAUACAGUUAAUACAUAAAGAAGGUUAUUGUACAAAUUAUGGUGGUGACAGGUAUUAAAAAAUCUCAUUUGGAAAUAGCUCUUAAGGACAUGAUGACCAGGGUGGGUUUCCCGGAACGUUUGUAGCGCUAAGUACUUUAUCUCUUUCAUAAGACUGGACUUUGCUUAAUAAGCAUUUACUGAAACUCAUUAUAAUGAACAUUUUCCUCUUUGUUCAAAAAAUGUAUAAGAAAAUCUGACCUAUUCAUUUUUUACAUUCAACAAUUUGUUAAUACUCUUAUAUUGAGAGCUUGCAAAAACUUCAACCAAAAUAAAAUAAAAAAUAAAUGCAGUGGCUGCUGAUUUAUAUACAAAGUUUUAUAAAGUGACUGUGAUCUACUAGCUUAAUCUAAACUUGCUUAAUUAGAAUCUGUGCUGUUGGGAGAAUUGGUCAAUCCUGAGCCCUAAAAGGGGCAAACCACAGCUUCGGUGGCUCUGUGAGAUUGUACAUUGAUUUUUAUUAAUCAUGUUAGCUAUACAACACCAAACAAAGCAUUUCAAAUUGUGUUCAUGUAAAUCAAUCCACAAUGAAUCAACAACUGUAAGAAAUGAGUUAGUGCUGACAUAACAAAUUUCAUUUGUGUGGAAUCAAUGUACACAUUUGUUCUUGUGUACACUGAAAAAAGGUUUAAAUAAUGCUUUAUUUAUUUUUUUCUUACAAUCUGGCGUAAACCCUUAUUAAAGGUGUCCGUUAUUUACUAAAAUGUAUUGUUCUUGGGAAACCCACCCCAGUUUCUUAUCUUGUAAUCUGAUCAUAUCCAUAGCCCUCCUCACACACAAUCAAACCUAUUAAGAAUAAUUAGUUGGUUAAUUCUACAUUAAACAAAGUUACAAAAAUCUAGUUGUUUGGGUAAAUAAAAAAAGCAACAGUUUAAAUAUUAUAAAAUAAUGUCUAUAAUAAUGUGAAGUGUGAAAGUGCAGUGGCUGUCUGAGCUGAUGUUGACUGGCCAUUGGUGUGUGUCUUUCAGUAUUGAUUGCUGACUUCUAAACAGUUUUGGUCAGAGCUUGUCCCUGUUUGUGUCCCACUGUAGAAGUUUCUUUACCCUCCCAAUGGCUCAUAAUCCAAGAGCAGGCUUUAUCUUGGCUCAGUUAAAAAUGAAAUGAUCAAAAAUGAAACAUGUGGCAGGCUGUUUGCUGGUGCUUUUUUUUUUCUAGAUGUGUGAGUUGUAUUUCUGAGGUUUCAGAUGUCAUAUGUGAACUAUUAUUAUGAGUGAUACGAUAUUUCAUUGUGUUGAUAUAAGCAUGUGUGCCCAUGUUAACAGUACUGCCCAGCAUAGUUUAUAAAACAAUGUGACAAUGUAAUGACUUGGAGAGUUAAUGUGAUUGUACAGCACAGCAUUGUUUGGUGCUGGACUUUAUUGGAUAUCAAUUAUCACAAACUCCUUUUCAUCACGGCAAAACACAGAUCACAUCGGACUUCAAAACCAUGUAAAACAACCGGGGUUUUCUGUAUGGGUGAUUGAUGAAUGUGACCUUUACAAUGGACCAGGAGACACUUCGGAACUGUAUAUUUGUCUUAUACUCUUUUGUAAUAUCUCUGGAAUUGUGUAGUUGUUUAGCUAUAGUGUCUUUCCUGAAACCUGUCCUACAUCUCUUGUUGUUUUAUGAUGCAAUCAUUGAUUGUUAAUUGCCAAGCAGCCGAGCAGUUGACUUAAUGUGUACAUACUGUAGAAUCCCAUAGCAAUAGGCAAAAUGCUAGCAAAUAUUGUACCAUGGCAGCCAUUACUAUUAGUGUUCUGUUCUUUUUAUUUAAUUCACCCUCCUUUUGUUAAUAUUUCACUGGUUUAGGUCUGUUCUCUGUGUACUCCAAUUCUUAUAAACUGCAGAACUUGUGUUGAUGUAAGUUUGGAAUUUGAAUAAACUUUUGGAAACUAAA